UUCUGCAGCCACUUUCUACAUGGAGGGUGAAGCCUCAGAGCCCAAGCCCCGGCAGGCAGCACGGCCGCUUCCACCGACGCAGCGAUGCCGCUCGCCGCCGCCGCAGCGAGGGUCAGUCUUGAAGAGCAUCUUGAGUUCGUUGAUUCAGUUCUUUCGAAAAAACUGAAUGAAGGAAAAAGUGGCAAAUCGAACCCAAAAAAAAAAAUCAACAGCCAUAAUUGAUGGGCUCUCACCGCGGGACCCAUAAAUAGACGGCCGGCGAUUGAGAUUCGCCAUUAGAUUCGUCCAACGCUCAGCUCAGCCUCCUCUCACCUUCCUAGCUGCCAAGAAGUCAACCAAAGCCGCCUCCACUGGACACGGACGAUGAGUUUGACUUAUUGUUCACCUCCUCGCCGUUAUAAAAGCUGCAAGUUAGCGUUGAGCAUAUCUCGAUUGCUUCAUCUCAUUCUCUGAAGUCUCAAGUCAACUCUGCUUGGUUCAAAGUUCAAAUGGCAGAUAUGAAGAAAUUAGUGCUGAAGUUGGACCUCCAGGGCGAGAAGGACAAGAAGAAGGCCAUGAAAGUAGUUUCCGGCCUUCAUGGCAUAGAUUCGAUUUCCAUAGACAUGAAAGACAAGAAGUUGACCAUAACGGGAGCGGUGGAUCCAGUCGCGGCGGUGGCCAAGUUGAGGAAAUCCUGGCACACUGAGUUGCUCUCGGUUGGGCCGGCAAAGGAGGAGAAGAAAGAAGAAGCGAAGAACAAGGAAGGGGACAAGUUAUAAAAAAAUUAAGUUGAGAAAUCUCAACAUAAAACUUAUGUAUUCUAUUCAAUUCUUAAGAAAUUAUAAAUUGGAUAGACAGAAA